AUGACCACUGAGAAACGUCAGUAUUCUUCAGACGAAGAGGAUACUCCACUGUCACGAACUUCGAAAAGAAGAAGAGCCGCCCAACUCGAUGAAGAGGAUGACGAUACUGGGGAGUUCGAUAGCGAUACGGCACUGUCUCAGGUUUCUGAGACACCGAAUGGACGAACUCCAGAAUUAGAAGAGGAAAAGACAACCAGGAUCGAGGUUAAAAGUGAGCCGACAAAGAAGCCAAGAAAGAAGCAGGCUACAGGUUUGAACAAAGUAAAGAAAGAAACGUCAACACGAAAGACUAAGACAUCUAAAUCAAAAAUCAAGAAGGAGGAGGAAGGCGUAGGAGAAGAGGAAGAGGAGGAUGGUGGGUAUAAAUGGUGGGAAGCUGAAAAGGAGGACGAUUCUGUGAAAUGGACAACAUUAAAGCAUAAUGGCGUCAUAUUUCCACCUCCUUAUGAGCCACUGCCAUCGCAUGUGAAACUGUAUUAUGAUGGCAAACCUGUAGACUUGCCAGCUAAGGCUGAAGAAGUCGCUGGAUUUUACGCGGCAUUACUAGGAUCUGACCAUACGAAGAAUCCUGUCUUUCAGAAGAAUUUCUUUAAUGAUUUUCUGGAAGUCCUAAGAGAAUGCGGUGGGACUCAAAAUAAUAUCGAGAUCAAAGAUUUUAACAAGUGCGAUUUUACAAAGAUUUUCGAAUAUUUCGAAUUGCAGAAAGAGCAAAGAAAGCAAUUAAGCUCGCAGGAGAAAAAACAAUUACGUUUGGAAAGGGAGAAAUUGGAGGAACCAUACAAAUUCUGUGAGCUGGAUGGCAGAAAGGAACAGGUCGGAAACUUCAGAAUUGAACCCCCAGGUCUUUUUAGGGGGCGUGGUGCUCAUCCCAAAACUGGUAAACUGAAGAGAAGAGUCUAUCCAGAAGAUGUUGUGUUGAACUUGGACAAAGAUGCACCCAUUCCACCGUUACCAGAAGGCCAAAAAUGGGGAGAAAUAAGACAUGACAAUACUGUCCAAUGGUUAGCUAUGUGGAGAGAAAAUAUUUCCAACUCUUUCAAGUAUGUGCGCUUUGCCGCUAACUCCUCUUUGAAUGGCCAAAGUGAUUAUAAGAAAUUUGAGAAAGCGAGGCAGUUGAAAGACCACAUCGACGCUAUCAGGAAAGAUUAUACUAAGAACCUGAAGAACAAGGUUAUGCUUGAACGUCAAAAAUCUGUGGCAAUCUAUCUGAUAGAUGUGUUCGCUUUAAGAGCGGGCGGAGAAAAAUCGGAGGACGAGGCAGACACUGUCGGUUGUUGCUCCUUAAGAUACGAGCAUGUCACACUUAACCCCCCAAACACAGUAAUUUUCGAUUUCCUUGGUAAAGAUUCGAUUAGAUAUUACCAAGAGGUCGAGGUUGAUAAACAGGUUUUUAAGAACCUGGCAAUCUUCAAAAGGCCACCAAAGCAACCAGGCGAUCAACUAUUUGACCGUUUGGAUCCCAGCAUUUUGAAUAAGCAUCUACAACAUUAUAUGCCCGGUUUGACAGCGAAAGUUUUUCGUACCUACAAUGCUUCGAAGACGAUGCAAGAUCAGUUGGACCUUAUACCAAACGAAGGAACUGUUGCUGAGAAACUGCUCAAAUACAACGCUGCUAACCGAACGGUCGCAAUCCUAUGUAACCAUCAGAGGUCUGUGACUAAAAAUCACGCUCAAUCGGUUCAAAAGGCUAGUGAUAAGAUAAAAGAGCUUGAAUGGCAAAAAAUCAGGCUUAAGAGAGCUAUUCUGCAAUUAGAUGAGUCUGAGUUAAAAAAAAGACCAAAAUAUUUCGAAGAGCUUGAUGAUUUAACUAAAGAGGAUGAGGCCUCUAUUCAUAAACGCAUUAUCGAAAGAGAGAUUGAGAAAUGUCACAAAAAGUUCGCUCGUGAAAACGACAAGAGGAAGUUUGAAGGCCAAGAGCUCUUGACCGAAUCAGAUCUGAAGGAAUGGCUUGACAAAGUCGAGGAGACAAGAAGAAACUACGAGGAAGAAUUGGAAACACGAGAGAUCAAGCUAAAAUCAGCCAACACCACGGUUGAAAAGCUGGAUAAGCAAAUCGAGAAGCUGGAUCAGAGAAUUCAGGUAAGUGCUAUUCAACUUCGAGAUAAAGAGGAAAACUCUCAGGUUUCGUUAGGUACCUCCAAGAUCAACUAUAUUGAUCCCCGACUUUCUGUUGUAUUCUGCAAGAAAUAUGGAGUCCCAAUUGAAAAAAUCUUCACGAAAUCAUUGCGAGAGAAAUUCAAAUGGGCUGUAGAAUCCGUUGACGAAACCUGGAGAUUUUGA